AUGAACCGCCCUUCACGAACCGAUGAACCUUACGAGGGAGAGGGCUACAAUCAAAACCCCAAUCCCUUGUCAAAUGACUUGACUACAAACGAAGAUCUCAAUGGUUUGGUUAAUUCCAGGCAAUUGAAGUCGGAUGGUAGUCAUGAUAAAACCAUCUCUGAUGAUGCCGACAUACCUCGCGCUUCUCCGAGCCGAGACAAUGACACCGAACCGGGGCCGCUGCCCGCCUCGACCAAGAUAACUAUUCUUGGUCGACCCUCGGGAGACGGGGCCAGUACGGCCCCUCUCCCUUUCACUCACUCACAGAUCCCACCGUCCCCGUGUAGCAGCGUGCAUGAGGAUAAACCCCAGCCAUCGUUUUCUCUGCGUGUCAAGAAUGCCAUCACGAAGUUCGGAUCGUUCAUCGGACCCGGGUUUAUGAUCGCUGUCGCCUAUAUUGAUCCCGGAAAUUAUGCGACUGACGUUGCGGCUGGCGCAACUUACCGCUUCAGGCUCCUUUUCAUCGUCCUCUUGGCAAAUCUUUUCGCCAUUUUCCUUCAGAGCCUCUGCAUCAAGCUCGGUACUGUGACUGGGCUCAACCUGGCUGAAGCCUGUCGGGCAUUCUUGCCGCGCUGGGUCAACUAUGGCCUCUAUGUGUUCGCAGAGAUUGCCAUCAUUGCUACCGAUAUUGCAGAGGUGAUUGGCUUCGCAGUAGGGUUGAAUCUUCUCAUCCCUGCCAUACCUUUGGUGGCUGGCUGUGCAAUCUCUAUCCUGGACGUCAUGGUUAUUCUCUUCUUCUACCGGCCACAUGGGUCUAUGAAGGGACUGAGAAUGUUCGAGUACUUCAUCAUCGGUUUAGUAUUGGGAGUAGUCGUUUGCUUCUGCAUCCAACUAUCUCUUAUCCAAGAGACAUCCGUCGGAGAAGUGUUUGAAGGCUAUCUGCCAUCCCAUGCCGUCAUUGAAGCCAAAGGACUGUACCAAGCGUGCGGUAUUUUAGGUGCGACGGUCAUGCCACACAGUCUAUACCUGGGAUCAGGUAUCGUGCAGCCCCGGCUAAAGGAAUACGAUGCGAAGCACAAUCUUCUGCCCCCUGGCGUAGAUGAUUCCGAAUUUUUGGACGGCAACAAUGACAAAGGCUACUACGUCCCAUCGGCUAGGGCGAUUAAACACUCGCUCAAGGUCUCGAUCGCCGAGCUAAGCAUCUCGUUGUUCACCUUUGCUUUGUUUGUAAACUCGGCCAUUCUGAUCGUAGCGGGAGUCUCUCUAUACAACAACCCAGACGCUCCUGAAGCAGACAUCUUCAGCAUCCACAAGCUCCUCAACGACUCCAUUUCUCCAGCGGCAGGCACUGUCUUCGCCCUCGCAUUGCUCCUCUCUGGCAUCUCUGCUGGAGUGGUCUGCACCAUUGCUGGACAAAUGGUGAGUGAGGGGUCCUUGAACUGGAAAAUGCGUCCGUGGCUUCGCCGAUUGGUGACUCGAGGCAUCAGCAUCGUCCCGAGUGUCAUUAUCGCAGGGGCAGUAGGACGGAAGGGAAUCAGCCAAGCGCUGGAUGCGUCACAGGUCGUCCUCAGUGUCGUUCUGCCAUUCGUCACGGCGCCGUUGAUUUACUUCACCUGCUGCAACAAGUACAUGACUAUCCGUGCUGGUGGGGCUCGAAUUCGUACCAGCUCUGAUGUAGAGGACUCAACCGCGAGAGGCGACUAUGUGGUAAAGAUGGCUAACUCAUGGUAUACUGCCGCCUUUGCGAUCAUCACCUGGCUUAUCAUGGCGGUGAUGAAUGUCGCUAACUUGGUGCUGCUCGGAAAGGGCGUGUGA